AUGCCAGUCUGAUUUGCAGCCAAAACUGAACCAUCUCUUAUCGACUGAGACCAUGACUUUUAAGCUGGUCUUUCUGCUCCUUUUAUUCAAGUUUGCUUUUUCAGAGAGGACCUCUUGUCGGCCCUGCUCUGAGGUGGAAUGCCAGAAAUUACCCAGAACUUGUUUGGCAGGUCUAGUAAAAGAUAAAUGCGGAUGCUGUGACGUUUGCGGUCAAUUGGAAUUUGAACCAUGUUACCAUCCUGAAGUGGAUAAAGAGCACGACAUUUGGAAAGGACGGUGUGGAAAAGGGCUGACUUGUCGAAUCAGAAAAGAUUUGCCUGAGGAAGAUCCCUCAAUAGCUGUAUGCCGAUGUGACAUGGAAGAAGAUUACUGCGGUGAUGACGGUAUCAGUUACACAAGUAUUUGCAGUCUGCUGGAGAAAGGAAAGAGAACCAAUAAAACUAUCACCAUAGCUAGGACUGGCCCAUGUGAUUCCGAUGACGAUCCCAAAUUAUCCGUUAACACAAGGGGAGGACCCGAAAAAUGGCAAAAAACCGGAUGGGUUCAAAUCCAAAGGAUUGAAGAAAAACAUGAGGGAGAUUAUAUUUGUAUCGCAAUUAACAACAAAGGAAAGAUGACAAAGGCUGAAGCUCGCCUGAAUGUAGCAAUCAAUUAA